GAUGACACUUGCUAGUUAGCGCUGGCAAACAGGGGCAGAGAGUUGUAAAAAGUCCAGAAGAAAAAAAAAGUUUAAAAAAGUGGUAAAGUAGUUGGCCACUGCGCAAGCGCUGCUGAAUGGGUAGCUUAAUACCUCCUGGCUCGGGGAAAGGAUGUCAGAAAUGCGCUCAGUGAAGGAGGAGGGGGUAAUCUUCAGCUUCUGUAGGGUAGAUGACACUUGAGGGGAACAAGUCUGAAACAAAUCAGACAUUUGCUGCUGCAGUGAUUGUUUGCGACUUCUCGGCGGUUUGAAUGGAGGAACUUCUGAGGAGAGGGUCUCUCAGAGCGGUGGCAGCAUGCAGGGCAGGGGCUUCCCCAUGGCCCUGGCCGUGGCUUGGACACUGUUGACCAGUCUGAACGUAAAGGCUAGCGGGGAGUACUGCCAUGCCUGGAGAGACUCCCAGGGCGUGUGGAGGGACGGCUUCCCCUGCCCUGAGCGCUUCGACGGGGCGGAGGCCAUCAUCUGCUGCGGCCAGUGUGAGCUGCGCUACUGCUGCUCCAGCACCGAGGCCCGGCUGGACCAGGGCAGCUGCGAGGACGAGCAGCAGCCCGGCCAGGGAGCCGGGCAAGGAGGCAAGGAGGACAAAAACACAGGCGCAGUGCCUAUCUACGUGCCCUUCCUGAUCGUGGGCUCGGUCUUUGUAGCAUUUGUGUUAAUUGGCUCAGUGAUCGCCGUGUGUUGCUGUCGCUGCCUGCGGCCUAAACAGGAGCCAUCGUCCAGCUCUGGAGGUUCAGGGGGCGGAUCUGGAGGACGUCUCCUGGAGACUAUCCCCAUGAUGGCUGGUACUUCCCGCGGCUCUUCCUCCCGCCAGUCCAGCACGGCCACGUCCUCCAGCUCAUCAGCCCCUCCCACCAGCUCCAUGGCUCCUCCUGCCAUCCCGCGCCCUGGCCCUGCCCCUCUGUUGCGAGCACAGGCCUCUUGCUGCCUGCCACCUGACGCCAGCGUCUACGUCAACAUGCCCACCAACUUCUCUGUGCUCAACUGCCAGCAGGCCACUCAAAUCCUGCCCCACCAAGGGCAAUUCCUGCAUCCACAAUAUAUCGGCUUCGCCCACCCAGUUUCUCCAGCCCCGGCCUUUCUGGACCCAACACAGGGGGCCUAUAGGCCUCUACAGUCCCCCUUCCCCCCACCCACCAGUGUAGCCAGUGUGACCAGUGUGACCAGUGAGCAAAAGCACCCACCCGUGACUGUGUGAAGGCUCAUGUGAAAGUCCAUUUGUAUGGGACUCGUGUCCAUUUGUAUGUUUUUUAGACAUUGGAAGCUAUGCAGUGAGGGCAAUCAGUGUAGUCAGUGGAGAAGCCCAACUGAAGUCAUAUGAGGGACGCACAAACAAGCACGAGUCCGUCAGAGACCUAGCCAUGGUGUGUCAUGAGUGCGCGGUAAAUGGAGGUUAAUUUUAUGUGUAUCUGUGUGUGUGCGAGUGUUCCAGGUUUCUAUGACAACACAGUAGCCCUCAGGCCUGGGGACUGAAUGUACUCAUAUCACUAUACAGUGCACAGCGAGGGGAAAGUUCAAAUAAAUGGAGGUCAAUUGUGUGUUUAUCUGUGCGGAUGUUCGUUCUGGAUUUUCUUUAACACAGCAGCCCUCAAAGCCUGGAUGAUGAAUGCACCCAUAUCACUACACAGCACCAAACUAAAGAGAAAGUUCAGACAAAUGGAGGUCAAUUGGUGCCUCGGGUGCUAUGUUGCAGGGAUUCUAUGACAACACAGCAGCCCCCGAGCCUGGACGCUGACUAUACUGAUAUCACUAUACAGCACCCACCAUGGAAAAGUUCUAAUAAAUUGAAGUCAUUUGGUGUGUUUUGAAGUGG